UGCAUUUUCACUACCAAUUUUCUUCUUCUGCUAAUGCACUAUCCUGCAAUGCUCCAAGAAAAGCGUGGCCUUUGAUUUUUACGUUACAGCAGUAAAGAACGAUGGAACGAUAUUUAUGGAUGUUUAUUACCUGUGUACACUUGGGAAAUGCCUCACCACCGGAAGGACGAAUUUCGCCGGGAACGCUAAAGCUUUCCAACCCAUAUGACCAGUCCUUCGUUUGCCCAUAUGACCUUUCGCAAAACCCUGCGUGUUGUCGGUGGAAUGUGUACGCCUACUUAACUGACUAUGUUAACUCAACAACCUGGGAACGACCCCAGGGCGACAGUAAUUUCAUAGCAGGAACGCAUCCUCCGGAACUAUCGGAUGCUUCAAAGAAAACACUAUUUUCGGCGUGCAGUGCCGUGCAGGACAGCGGCUCGAGCCGCACCGCAAUUUAUCUGAGCAAAGGCGGUUUGUGGGCGGAUGGACAGCCGGUCCGAUUACAGUUCUGGUACAGAAUCGAUUCACAAGAAGAGCCGCGAGCCAAAGUGACCUUAGCAACCGUAACAGCUUACGGCCGCGAAUUGCGCACGGUUUGGUCCGCAUUUAGUCCACGCGAUGAAUGGACAAUGCAUGAGGUCAUCGUACAGGAAGACGAAGUAUACCAACUGCGCUUUUCGGCGUUCCAUGCUUGUGUCUCAUCGAUUGGCCUGUCCGGAAUAACUGCCAGAAAAGUGGAGCUGGCUGAGGAUACCAAUUGCUUUCCGACGACAACUGCAACAACGCCAACCACGACAACCACCACCACAUCUACCACUACUCCUACCACCACCACUACAGCCACCCCUACCACCACCACAAAGACAACUACCACUACCAGGCCCACCACUACCCGCACCACCACACGCACCACCACUCGUACCACUACGACAACCACGCCAACGCCUACGAUGGCAUUGACUAUGCGUGUAAUCAGCUUUAGCCGAAGCAAAGACUGUGACCCGUGGGUGGGGAUUCGCGGAGAAUGUGAUAUGAAUUUUGGCAUAUCGUACAACUGGGCCGAUCAUACUGGCCAGGCAAAGUAUGAAAGUCAAAGCUACCGCGCUCCGGAUGAUUCGAAUACAGUAUACCUUCCAUCAUAUGUCAGCACCACGGGAACCGUACUACGGGGUUCACGUGCCGCUGUUUCGAUUAGCGCUGUCGAUAUUGACCCUGCGGGAAAUUAUGACGAUUACAUUGGCACCUACUAUUUCUACUAUGAUGUUCCUCAAAGGCCCGUGGGGUCAGUACGUGUGACAGAUUACCGGAACUAUGCUGAGAUGGUAGUGGAAUUCGUCACUCACUACUAGCUUUGCGCUUUUAAUAGGUGUAACGAACCUAUGCUGUUUUACAGCAUAGUUCAUAACUGAUAAAUCGGCUUAGAUGCGAUGGUAUAGUCUGAUGCGUCAUGCGUGAUAGUUUUUCUAAAAAAAACAUGCCAUAUUUUCUCAAUUCUUGGCAUGCGAAUUGUUUAAAUGCGGAACGCGAUUCGCCACCCUAAUCAUUCUGGGUAGGAUGACAUGCUUCACAGCACCCAAUACUUCUCGUACUGAUGUUAUUCUGGUAAAAAAUUGAAAUAUAAAAAAU